UGUGAAUGUUGACGGGGAGAAAAAUGAAGAAAGGAUUAAAGAAAAGAGGAAGUUUGGGAAGAAGAGCUUGAAAACUGUGUGAACCACCAAAAAUAGCCUUCUCUCCCGCGGCGGCGGUUCUCCGGUCGAAAAAUCUCUAAUCGAAAACGGAAAGGUCAAAUAAUGAUAAAGCUUUGGAGAUGGUACCAGAGAUGCCUGACGGUUCAUCCAGUGAAAACGCAGGUCAUCAGCUCCGGCUUCCUCUGGGGAUUCGGCGAUGUCACCGCUCAAUACAUCACUCAUUCCACUGCCAAACCUCCUCCUCUUCUUCGUCUCUCCGACAAGGAUAAAGAGGCAGACAGAGAUGCUGAAUUCAAGGUCAACUGGAAGCGAGUAGCAAUCACGAGCAUGUUCGGGCUUGGUUUUGUCGGACCUGUUGGCCACUUCUGGUACGAAGGGUUGGAUAAAUUCAUAAAACUGAAGCUUCGAUAUGUACCAAAGUCAACACGUUUUGUAGCAGCCAAAGUUGCAAUGGAUGGUCUUAUCUUCGGCCCCAUAGAUCUGCUGGUAUUCUUCACAUACAUGGGGUACGCCACGGGCAAGAACACAUCUGAAGUGAAAGAAGGACUCAAGAGGGAUUUUCUUCCGGCUCUAGCUCUUGAAGGAGGAGCAUGGCCGCUUCUUCAGAUCGCUAACUUCAGAUACGUUCCCGUGCAGUACCAGCUUCUUUACGUCAACAUCUUUUGCCUUAUAGACAGCGCUUUUCUCUCGUGGGUCGACCAACAGAAGGAUGCAGCUUGGAAGCAAUGGUUCACUACUCCGUUUCUAACGCUUAAAGAACGAGGUGGCACUGAUGGAGUAUGAUUCGUUUUUCCAUCUCAACUGAAAACAAAGCAGAGUGUAAUUGCGAUUCUCAACAACGAAAGUUGCCACACAGAUUCUUGAAUCAAAAAUAUUAUUUCGUUUUCUAAAGAA